AUGUUCGCUGCCAAGCUGUCGUUCCCAGCGUAUGCCCGCACUUGGCCUCGUCAGAUAACAAAUCGUUUCAGGGAUCUAGAUGACGGAACGCGUGUUCUGAACGGCCCGGCGAGAUUUGCGAAUGCCGGUAACGGUGGUGCGAGCUGUGCUCAGUAUUGCACCGAGAACGGAUACGAAUACGCGGGAACAGAGCUUUCCGAUCAAUGCUGUGUUGUUUUGCGCCAGCUUGCCUACCAGACGACUGAUCGUUUUAAGAAUGCGCUCAAGAUCUUUCGGGGCUGA